UCAUUAGGGCCCAAGCAAGUGGCCUUAACACACGGAUCUCCUUCCCAAAAUGCAGACCCAUUUUAAUUAAAUUUGUAAUUAACCUUUGGAAGGGUGGGACCCUGGAUUCUGUUUGCUUUCGGAGACACCAACAAGAUGGGAGUUACAGCUGUGCUCAUCCUGCCCUUACUGCUUCUGGGAAUCAGCGGCCUUCUCUUCAUCUACCAAGAGGUGUGCAGGCUGUGGUCUAAAUCAGCCGUGCAGAACAAAGUGGUGGUGAUCACCGAUGCCAUCUCAGGAUUGGGCAAGGAAUGUGCUCGGGUGUUCCAUACAGGCGGGGCAAGGCUAGUGCUGUGUGGAAAGAACUGGGAGAGGCUAGAGAAUCUGUAUGAUACCUUGAUCAGCGUGGCUGACCCCAGCAAGACAUUCACUCCAAAGCUGGUCCUCCUAGACCUUGCAGACAUCAGCUGUGUCCAGGAUGUGGCCAGAGAGGUCCUGGAUUGCUACGGCUGUGUGGACAUCCUCCUUAACAAUGCCAGCGUGAAGAUCAAGGGGCCUGCCCAUAAGAUUUCUCUGGAGCUGGACAAAAAGAUCAUGAAUGCCAAUUACUUUGGGCCCAUCACAUUGACCAAAGCCCUGCUUCCCAACAUGAUCUCCCGGAGGACAGGCCAAAUUGUGCUAAUAAAUAACAUCCAAGGGAAGCUUGGAAUCCCAUUCCGUACAGCUUAUGCUGCCUCCAAGCAUGCAGCGCUGGGCUUCUUUGACUGCCUCCGAGCUGAAGUGGAGGAAUAUGACGUUGUCGUCAGCACUGUGAGCCCAACUUUCAUCCGCUCGUACCACAUUAAUCCAGGCCGAGGAAACUCGGAGGCCUCCAUUUGGAAAUUCCUUUUCAGGAAGCUGUCCUAUGGGGUGCGUCCGGUAGACGUGGCGGAGGAGGUGAUGCGCACAGUGAGACGGAAGAAGCAAGAAGUCUUCAUGGCCAACCCCAUUCCCAAGGCCGCCGUGUACGUCCGCGCCUUCUUCCCAGAGUUCUUCUUCGCUGUGGUGGCCUGUGGGGUGAAGGACAAGCUCAACGUGCCAGAGGAGGGUUAAGUGCAGGAGGGCGAGUGGGUCACCCUGAUGGGAAUAAAAGCUUUCCUGGCA